GACACUGCCCCGGCAAGGCGGAGCCGCGAGGGUCUGCGGGUCUUGCGGCGGUCCCAGUAGCCCCAGCGCAAGUAACCUGGACGCCAGCUGCCUCCGGCCCGCACCAUGACCCAGCCAGUGCCCCGAAUCUCUGUGCCCGCUGCGCUGGCCCUGGGCUCGGCCGCAUUGGGCGCUGCUUUCGCCAGCGGCCUCUUCCUGGGGAGAUGGUUCCCUCCUUGGCGAUCCCGGCAAGAGAAGCGCCUGCUGCCGCCUGAGGACAGCCCCCUGUGGCAGUAUCUGCUGAGCCGUUCCAUACGGGAGCACCCGGCGCUGCGGAGCCUGCGGCUGCUGACCCUGGAGCAGCCACAGGGGGAUUCCAUGAUGACCCGCGAGCAGGCCCAGCUCUUGGCCAACCUGGCUCGCCUCAUCAAGGCUAAGAAGGCACUGGACCUGGGCACUUUCACAGGCUACUCAGCCCUAGCGUUGGCCUUGGCCCUUCCCCCGGCUGGGUGCGUGGUGACCUGCGAGGUGGACGCAGGGCCCCCCGAGCUGGGGCGUCCCCUGUGGAGGCAGGCUGAAGAGGAGCACAAAAUCGACCUUCGGUUGAAGCCCGCCCUGGAGACCCUGGACGAGCUCCUGGCCGCAGGUGAGGCCGGCACCUUUGACGUCGCUGUGGUGGACGCCGAUAAGGAAAACUGCACCGCCUAUUAUGAGCGGUGUCUGCAGCUGCUGCGACCCGGAGGUGUCCUCGCUGUGCUCAGUGUCCGAGGUCUCCAGCUCUCGCCCCGCCUCCUGCUCAGGCUCCCCAGGCCCCGCCCCCACGAUGCCCCGCCCCUCCGCAGGUCCUGUGUCAAGGAGAGGUGUUGCAGCCUAAACCACAGGACAAGGCGGCCCAGUGUGUACGAAACCUGAACGAGCGCAUUCUGCGGGAUGCCAGGGUCCACAUCAGCCUCCUGCCCCUGGGCGACGGCCUCACCUUAGCCUUCAAGAUCUAGGGCUGGUCCCUAAUGAAUGGCAUCAAGGGAGGGGCCCUGGGAACCCCAGCCAUUACACACCUGCUUUGAAUCUGACAAUAAAGUGAGGCCUGGGACACGA